CCCCGAGGGACACCAGCCUUCCUCCAGACUCCUGGGACAAAGAGCCUGAGCCUUCACCCCUCCCCACUGCCACCUCUGCCUGCAGAUUCCCAGCGGCACCGGGUCACAGAUGAGGAGGCCCAGCAGAGCAGGUUCCAGAUGCCUCCCUUGGAGGAAGGACUUGAAGAGUUGCACAUCUCCCAUGUCCCAGCUGCCAACUCUGGGCACUGCGUCACAGACCCCCGCUCCCUGCACCCUCAGUGUCACCCAAAGAGUAACAGUGAGUCCAGCACAUCUUCCGGGGAGGAUUACUGCAAUCACACCAGCAACAAGGCGCCUUCAUGGGACCCCCAGGUGUUCUCUUCAGAGAGGAGUUCCUUCCUGGAGCAGCCCCCGAACUUGGAGCUAGCCGGCUCCCAGACAACUUUUUCAGGGCCCUCGGCUGAUGACAGCUCCAGCACUUCGUCCGGAGAGUGGUACCAGAACUUCCAGCCGCCGCCACCCCAGCCCCCUUCAGUGGAGCAGUUUGGGUGUCCAGGGUCCCCCAGUCCCCAGCCUCACUCCGCUGAUAACGAGGACUACGAUGACAUCGGAGCAGCCUAGACCGGGUCCAGCUGAGGCCCCUCAGGUGGCU